AUGGUAGAGGUGUUUACCGGGCGGACACUCCUGAAUAAAGACGGGGAUUUCGUCGAACCUGAAGAGGCGUUGAGAAAUAAAGUGGUAGGGAUCUACUUUUCUGCAGGAUGGUGUCCGCCUUGUCGAGACUUUACACCCAUCCUGUGUGAUUUCUACACGGAACUGGUUGAAGAAAGCGAGCCUCCUGCUCAGUUUGAAAUAGUUUUUGUCUCCUCUGACAAGUCGACAGAUGAUAUGGUUGCAUAUUAUCAUGAUAUGCACGGAGACUGGCUGGCUCUGCCCUGGACGGAUGAUUACAAACACGAGCUGAAGCAGCGCUACAACAUCACUGCAGUGCCCAAACUAGUGAUUGUGAAGGAGAACGGCGACGUGAUCACAGACAAGGGCAGGAAACAGAUCAGAGACCGAGGCCUGUCUUGCUUCCGGUCCUGGUUGGACGCUGCAGAGAUCUUUCAGAACUUUAAGGGUUAAAAAAAAAAACAACAACGAUGAGGAACCAUGUCAACUCAUCUUUUAGAGAGGUGAACAAAACCAAAGUAAAAUAUUUUGACUUUAGUUCAGUGGUCUCCAGCCUGGGGCCUCCUUCAUAUUAAACAAUCUGAGAAGGAAAAACCUUACUUUGGUUGAAUUGCUCACAAGUCAUGCUUUUUUUGUACAAGUAGAUGUUGAUUUGUUAUAAGGGGUCACGUCUCAAAAAAGUUGGGAAACAUUGCUUUAGUUGCUGACUUUGACCAAACAUCCUAUGCAUUUAACAAAACUCAGGCGUGUCCAUUGUGGUUCACAGGUGAGAAAUGCUCUGCUGUAGUUUCUCAAUUUAUUGAAAAAUAUGUUCGUUGAUGUUCUUUAUAAGCUAGUGCACUAAACAGCUAAACCUUGCCUAUAUUAAGUGGAUAUCCUCUCUCCAGAGAGCUUGCUUUUGUAUAUUUAAGGUUUGACUUGUAGUUCUACUUUGAGCUGCUUGUAUAUUUUUGUAUUUUAUUUUUUAUGAGUUGUUAAGACCGUUAUUAUUUAAAAAUAUAUAAAUAUUCUCUGA